AUGACUAUAACUGCAGAAUUUCCUUUAAGUGGGGUUCCUGUGCCAUGCAGGUACCGAGUGAGCGAGAUAACGACUGUGAGUGACGGCGGGGGCGCCUCUGGGGCCACCUCGUCCAGGGCCCUGGACGAGGUGGUCAAUGCAGCUGACAGCAAGCAAGACGACGGCAAUAACGACGAUACUGCAAGCGAGUCCAGGUGUGUCAAGAGAGCUCGGCUGGGCGACGAUGGCGAGGACCUGGAAGACGAGACGUUGCCUCCAUCGCCUAUCGCAUCUCCGGGGUGCGACGAGAAGGGCGCCGGCAGCCUGCGUGCCAAACCCUUUGUUGCCAGUGAUCUGGCAGCACACCUCCACACCAGCAUUCCUGGUUCUUGCUACAAGAACAUGGUGUUCCGCGCCCUGGCAAAGCUCAACAGGAGGGACCUGGCAGACUUCGCAACGUUGAUCACAGAUAACUUGAAAAGAGACUUCAUUUCCUCGCUGCCCGCAGAGAUCGCCGUCAAGAUCCUGUUGAAGCUGCCUUACAGGGACAUCACCAGUUGUCUGCAAGUAUCGAGGAAAUGGAACGAGGUGGCCACCUCAAGUCCCGCCCUGUGGAAGAGUCUUUUGAUCUCUGAGAACUUCGUAUCCGCUAGCUGCUUCGAUCUUUACUCUUCCAAACUCCUCAAGAAGUAUCCAGGUGCCAUGAGCGAGGAAGAUUGUUACUACAGUGACUUCCUUAAAAACAGAAACUACCUGAACAACUGGUACAAUAAGCAUUUCACUCCAAGGAGGUAUACACUUGACGGCCAUGCCACCAGCGUCGUGACGUGCCUACAGUUUGAAGAUGACUACAUCAUCUCAGGCGCAGACGACAAGGUCAUCAGGGUCUACAGUUCUAAGGACAAGAAGCUCUUGAAGAGUCUCACGGGUCACGAAGGUGGUGUCUGGGCAUUGAAGUACGUCGACGACGGAAUCAUCGUCAGUGGCUCGACUGACCGCACCGUGCGCAUCUGGGAUAUAGAGCUGGGCUGCUGCACGCAUGUGUUCAAGGGCCACACCUCGACCGUGAGGUGCCUAGAAGUUGUCGAGUACAAAGGAAUCAAAUACAUUGUCACAGGCUCCAGAGAUAACACUCUGCACGUGUGGAAGUUACCCAAGGUAGACGUCCACGCUAGGAUAAGAAAACAAGAGAAUCAAGGUGCCCUUGACAACGAGGGCGAUCUACCGUAUUUACACAGUUCCCCAGACGAGAAUCCGUAUUUCGUUGGGGUGCUAAGAGGCCAUCUGGCGUCUGUUCGCACACUUUCUGGCCAUGGCAACAUCGUCAUCAGCGGGUCAUAUGAUUGCUCACUGAUGGUCUGGGAUAUAGCACAGAUGAAGUGUCUGUACGUACUUGCGGCCCAUUCCGACCGCGUAUACUCGACGAUAUACGACCACAAGAGAAACAGAUGCAUCUCAGCAAGUAUGGACGCCACGAUCAGAGUGUGGGACUUGAAAGAUAUAUGGAAAAACGGGACCUGUGUGAGAGUGAUGAACGCCAUGACCCCAUGCACGAAUAUCCUAGGCUCCAUGCUUAUCCUGCACGGCCACACAGCCCUUGUGGGGCUGCUGAAACUAUCUGACAGAUUCCUGGUGAGCGCAGCUGCCGAUGGAUCCCUCCGAGGCUGGAAUGCAAACAGCUACGGCAGAAAGUUCAUCUACUCCCAUGCCAACAUGAGCGCCAUCACAACGUUCGACCUCAACGACAACCUGCUGGUAAGCGGCUCAGAAUCCCAGUUCAAUAUAUAUAACCUGCGCACAGGAGGAAUCAUCCAUCCAAACCUUCUGUCGGAUGCCGACCAAAUCUGGUCGGUCAAGAUCAAAGAGAAUAUCCUCGUCGUCGCAGUGGAGCGUGACAACAGGAGUUUCAUAGAGAUAUUCGACUUCAACGAAAGAUACCACACCAACAUAUAG